AUAAACAAACUGGUACAAGAAUCAAAUAAAAUUUGCCACCGAAAUCAAAGAUUUUAGGGUUGGGGCUAGAGCAAAAGAAAAUGGAGGGAUGGGAUCCGAACACGAAAUCAACAUUGACACAGAUCCCACUUCUGGCGACAAAAGCAGGUCCAAGAGACGGAGCAGCAUGGACACAGAGAUUAAAGGAAGAGUACAAAGCUUUGAUCGCAUACACUCAGAUGAAUAAAUCAAAAGACAAUGACUGGUUUCGAAUCUCGGCAGCCAAUCCAGAAGGUACACGCUGGACAGGGAAGUGCUGGUAUGUCCAUAACCUUCUCAAGUAUGAAUUUGAUCUCCAAUUCGAUAUUCCCAUUACUUAUCCGUCUACUGCUCCCGAGAUUGAGUUGCCUCAGCUUGAUGGCAAGACCCAAAAGAUGUAUAGAGGAGGGAAGAUUUGCUUGACUAUUCAUUUCAAGCCGCUUUGGGCUAAAAAUUGUCCAAGGUUUGGCAUCGCACAUGCACUUUGUCUGGGUCUUGCUCCAUGGCUAGCAGCAGAGGUUCCCAUCCUUGUGGAUUCUGGCAUGAUUAAGCACAAAGAUGAUGCCACCCCAUCCAGUGAAUCUUAGCUAUAUAAUGUAUCAUACUGGCUGUAAAAGCAUUGCGUAAUUUAAAGCUUGGUCAAAGAGAAUAAGUGUUGAGGGACAGUAGAUGCAAGUUACAGGAUGUUUUGUUGAUGUACGAUUUAUAUGCAAAUACUACAAAAUUUGAGCUGAUCGGAUACAACAAUUUUAUGCAUCCACUGUCCGCAUUUCAAAACUAUGGAUGUCAAACCAAAAGUUUGAAACUCCUUGCAUCCUUCCUUGAAAUGCAGAAAAUCAUGAGAGCUCUUAUUCUUCUUUUAUAUGAGCACUGUGUUUGAUCUGGGUUGUUAUGUUGUAUAAAAUUUGGGUAUGAAAUCUUGAGCUUUUUCUUCA